AUGAGAGACUUCGGCCCGGGAGUAUGCGGACGAUCGUAUCCUCUGUCCAAGAAAUACACUUCCAAAGACCUCAAGACUGCCGCCUACCUUGACUACGUGCAAGAGCUUAAGAUGUACACUUAUCGUGCAGACUAUCAGGAUAUGAUCAAAAGCCGACGGAGGAAGGGAAUGGCUCCAUCGCUCGAGAACAGAAGAGAGAGUGCUGAAGUGCUUCUCAAGAAGCUGUCCCUCGCCCCCGACGACCUCAGCGACACUGACGAGGAUGAGCUCUCAGAGACAAAGAGCGACGUCAGGAAAGCUGAUCGCAUGAUGGCGAUGAGGAAUUCCACGGUCAACAACCCCCGCAGCUUCUACAACUUGGAACAGAAAGUAAUAGCAGAGGUUGAAGAUGAUAAGAGCACGAGCGAAGAAUACGUUUUUCUAAUGCUUGAGGAACUGGAUAGGAAGUACAAUGGAAACGUGCAGGAAUUGUACGCGAGCAUUGAAAAAGCGUCAGAUAGUGAGAAACAAGCUCGAAAUUCGAUUCCAGAGAUCACGCACGAUCCAAUCUACUCUUAUUCUCUCAAGGAGAAGAUGGACAUCCUAGCAGCUGCUGAAGAGGAGGAGCGAAUGAGAAACGGACAGAACGACGAGGAUUUUUUCGAAAAUUGCAAACGAUUCACCGUAAGCAGCCGGGACUCGUUGGUGGAUUACUUCAACAAGAAGAGGGAAACGAUCAAUGAAAACAUGCAGAACGUGUUCAGAAUGGACCUCGAAGCUCUGCAGGGCCUCCUUCGGUGCGAUCAGAGAAGGAGCAAAGAGAUCUCAAGCGACGAUACAGACGUGGAAACAAACCAACACGCAGACGAGGCUACCAUGGCUGCAGAUACUACUCUACGGGACUCAGGUUCCCUCGACUUGGAGUUGCUUCGGAGGAGGACCAGGCUGCGAUUGUUGAGGGAAUAUCGGCCAAGCGCCUACCGAAAGAUUUGCUUGCAAGAUUACGCAUGGAUAACAAAACUUGAAGAUCCCUCAUUCGAUGUCAACGAUGAGGUGUCUGAGAUCGUGGACCUCUAUCAGAACGAGCCUCAAAUCACAUGUACCCUCCACGAGUUCAAGAAGUUGGACCCGAGCCGGUUCAUGAGAUCCGAAGAAUCGCUGCUUAGCUACCUCGGCGUCGACGAGCUGCAGGGCGACACCACGUGCAAUGAUUCCAAGGAGUUGGAUGCGAGCAUGGAGCACGAAGGCAAGUCGGACAGACGCUGA